AUGGCUCAGCAUUGCCAUCUAUCCUACCUCUUACCACUUGUAUUUCUCACCUUAUUUAUGUAUGGCCACAUAAACAGUGGUGUAUCAGCACGUCGUCUUCUGGAUACAUCCCUUCCUGAAAUUCCUAAACCGGGAUUUCCAGAAGUCCCAGUCUUGCCAAAGUUUGAGAUCCCAACUGUGCCAAAACCAGAUCUUCCAACCAUACCGAAGCCUGAAAUCCCAGCCAUUCCAAAGCCUGAGAUUCCUACUAUACCAAAACCUGAAGUACCAACUGUGCCAAAGCCUGAGAUCCCAGCUGUGCCAAAGCCUGAGAUCCCAGCUGUGCCAAAACCAGAGCUUCCAACCAUACCUAAGCCCGAAAUCCCAGCCAUUCCAAAGCCUGAAAUUCCUACUGUACCAAAACCUGAAGUACUAAGUGUACCAAAACCCGAGCUACCAUCUGCGCCAAAGCCUGAGUUAUCUACUUUAUCAAAGCCUGAAGUACCAACUAUGCCAAAACCCGAGCUACCAUCUGUGCCAAAGCCUGAGUUACCUACUUUAUCAAAGCCUGAAGUACCAACUGUGCCAAAACCUGAGCUACCAAUUGUGCCAAAGCCUGAGUUACCAACUUUGCCAAAGCCAGAGAUUUGA